AUGGAAAAGAAAUCAUCACAGGUUAAAAACCACAAAAAUUUAGAUGUCAAAUCCAAUCAGAAAAUUAAAACAAAGCCAGAAACAACAGCUCAACCAGCUCACCAUUCGCAAGCUUGCAACAUCAUGUAUGACGUAGAGAAAUUAAAAACGCAACUUGAUGCACUCUUUGAAGGUAACCCAAAUGAUCCUGAAUAUCAAAAUAAUGCAAAUAAAUUAAAAGAAAUCAAAACAUUUCUUGAAAAUGAAACAAAUGAUUCGACGAGACAGGAAAAUCCUUCAAAAAUAUUUCCAGACAUCAUCAAUGUUAAUUUAGACGAAAGUCUGCUUUGCGUCGUUGAUCAAAUUAUAAAAUUGUAUGAAGUUAUGAAAGAAUAUUUUCAAAAUCAAAGACAAUAA